GAUGUCGCGAGGCAGAGAUCGAGGCCUUCCUCCUUGGAGCCCGGCCAGGCGGGUGUACGGCUGCUGCGAGGGCUGCUCUCCGGCACCAUGCCGUCCCCGUUCUCCGUGAGCUCGUUCCCAGUCAGCAUUCCCGCCGUCAUCACGCAGACAGACUGGACCGAGCCGUGGCUGGUGGGGCUUGCCGUCUUCCACAUGCUCUGCCUGCUCCUCACCUGCGUCUCCUCCCAGAGCUACAGACUGCAGAUUGGGCAUUUCCUGUGCCUCGUGCUCUUGGUCUACUGUGCGGAGUACAUCAAUGAAGUGGCCGCCAUGAACUGGAGGUUAUUUUCAAAAUACCAGUACUUUGACUCGAGGGGGAUGUUCAUUUCUAUCGUGUUCUCGGCGCCGCUGCUGCUCAACGCCAUGGUCAUUGUGGUCCUGUGGGUGCGCCGGACGCUGGGCGCCAUGGCCGACCUGAAGCGCGCGCAGGAGAGGAGGAGAGAGAGGAGGAGGAGGAGGAAGGAGGAGUGAGGAAGGUGAUGCCAUCCCCGCGUCCUGGGGGCGUCGGUUCCGUCCCGUCCCGUGUCCAGCAGGCGGCCUUCGCGGCCGGCUCACGGUCUGACACGCGGCUCCUUGUCUCCACCUCGCGGUGCUGCUGCCCGGCUGCGGGUGCUGUCACACGGCGCUGACCUGGGCCCUGUCGGGUGCCGGGUCUCGGGUGAGGCCGUGGGAACCGUCUCCCCCAGAGUUUCCUGACCUGGAGUUUGAUUUGCAGACGUCCACGUUGUUUAUGGAAUCGGAAUGAAUUGUAAAUGUUCAGUGAAUAUUAAACCUAUGAAGGUAAUAAACAGCCCCCUGCCCACGGGCCCUGUGCCCUGCCCAUGCUGUGUGUCACAGGUUCUCAGCGCCGGGGGGCGUUGCCUUCCAGGAGAGUCGGGGGACGUUUUUGGCGGGGUGGGGAGGCCUUGCAUCUGGUGGGUGGAGCCCGGGGUGUGAACACCCGCAGGGCACAGGACACACCCACAGGGGAGGCCUCCUGAGACCUCUGAGCGAAUCUGGAAAACAGACAGGACGUCUGACCCUAACAAACCAGCUGCCCUGAGGCUGCGGCACGGAACACGUGUGAGGAGUGCCAAGCAGAGUGGAAGCCGUAGCCAGGAGUCCGUGGGAAGACUGUGUCGCGUGAGCUUGUGAUUUUGCUUCUCAGGACGCAGUAUUCAGGGAGCCAUUUGGCUGCUUCCACGAGUGCGUUUCCGUGGCAGGUGCAGAGAGGGGUCUGUCCUGCCCACGCACCGCUGUUCGCCACUGCCUGGGUGCUCAGCAACACAGUGCUCUCCGUUUUGUUAGAAAUUUUUUUAAUCACAUGAGUUUGUUUGUAAAGAAAUAAUUUAUAUGAACAAUCCAAAAAGUUGUAGAACAAGAAUAAUUUAAAAAGUCAUUUAGCACAUUCCCUGGACCAAAAACUCUCUCACACCCUCCUUCCCUCCCCCCUGCCCUGCCAUUCCAUUCCGUUCCCUGGCUUCGUGCUUUAUUUUUUGAUUCUGACCUUUUAUGUUUUCUGUUUUGCACGAGAGGUGUGUAUUUAAACACCAGAAGCUGCCCUUGAAGGGGAAGAUACGCAGGAUCCAUCCCACGUGGCCCUUGGGAGUCACCCAGCCCCACUCUGUGUGAGGACAGGUUUGCCCGCACGGAGCAGCCUGGUAGGGAAAGACAGACAUUGUCCUUGGUUUUACAGUGAUAUGUUUAGGGAGUUGAUUUUAACCCGGAGACGAGUUGGACAGGUGAACCGUCGCUCUGCGAUACCUGCUUUAUGAUGCGGCUCGUACCCGGUGCGCCCUGGUUCCCGUCAGAUCUGCAGCUCCAGAGAGGCAGGUGCUCAGAGGCCAGUUGUUCUUAGACGUGUUGAUGAGGGAGAUGAUGUCGUGCACUGCACCUGGCAGCGCCCAGUUGUGCGUCUCUGAGAUUUACCAACUCUGGAUGCUCAGUGGAGUUACGGCUUCCAGAGAGUUCACUGCUUCGCAAGUUAGUUUCACAGAAAGGACACGCAAAUGGGCCAUCACGUUUGAAGGCACAGAACAAACCAGGGAGGCUGUGGGCGCCCCGCAUUGUUGGUGUGACGUGCUCACCCCCUGUGUGUUGUGUGCACUGUCCACACGCGGGUUCCUCUGGCUGGGUCUCAGCCUCCCCGUGUGAUGGCGUCGCUGGCUUUGCCUGAACUCCGUGUCAGUGACUUACAUUGACGUAAAGCAUGAUGUGGGCUGUUGGUUUUCAUUCUGUGUGUGUGCGCAUUAUAUUUUGUUCUCACAAAAACAAACUUCACUUUAUUUUUAACUGUUCGGUGAGUUCACACUCAGUGCCUUAAACUGCAGUGUUAACAAGAGUCUUGAUGUUCUGUCCUCACGCUGGGGAAAAUCCUACGGGCCCAGGUCGCCUGCAGACAGGUGGUAAUUUAUGCAGGUGGGCAGAUGCCCCCGCGCUGAAGAGUCAGGGUGGACGGAAGGUGCCGUGUCCAACCCCCGUCAACACGGAAGGGUUCCCAGGCCACCUCCUGCUCUGUUUCUGUAAAGCAGAUGUUUCUGCUCUCUGUUUGUGGACAAAGAGGAAAGGAGAUUUAUGACUAGAAAUAUUUUGCGCAUUCUAGACCUGUGACACCUUGAAUGUACUGAUUGCUACACAAUAAACUAUAUCUCUAAUAGUGUA